AAGGAGUUGUUUCCAAAUCCACUUUAUUGUUAGAGAUGGAACAUUCACUAAUGUCCACUGGAAGUUACUUUUUGCUCUUCUCUUCUUCUGCGUUUCUUCUCAUUUUGCUUUCAUUCUCUGUGGAGAAAAGCCAUGCUUUGGAAACAAGAGAAACCAUUGAAUCCCAUUUCCACACUCUCCAACUCAGCUCUCUGCUUCCUUCCUCUUCUUGCAACCCUGCAACCAAAGGUAAAAGAAGAGGGGCAUCAUUGGAGGUCGUCAACAGGCAAGGCCCGUGUACCUUACUCAACCAAAAGGGAGCAAAAGCCCCAACUCUGACCGAAAUCUUAGCCCACGAUCAAGCCCGAGUGGACUCAAUCCAAGCCCGCAUCACAGACCAAAGCUACGACCUCUUCAAGAAAAAAGACAAAAAAUCUUCCAACAAGAAGAAGAGCGUAAAAGACUCAAAAGCCAAUCUCCCUGCACAAUCCGGCCUUCCUCUCGGUACCGGAAACUACAUCGUCAACGUCGGACUUGGAACUCCAAAAAAAGACCUUUCCCUCAUUUUUGACACUGGUAGUGACCUCACUUGGACUCAAUGCCAACCUUGUGUCAAAUCCUGCUAUGCUCAACAGCAACCAAUUUUCGACCCAUCAACUUCAAAAACAUAUUCCAACAUUUCGUGCACUUCCGCUGCUUGUUCUAGUCUCAAAUCAGCUACUGGAAACAGCCCAGGUUGUUCUUCCUCUAAUUGCGUUUACGGGAUUCAGUACGGUGAUUCCUCAUUCACAAUUGGGUUUUUUGCUAAGGAUAAAUUAACCUUAACACAAAAUGAUGUGUUUGAUGGGUUCAUGUUCGGUUGUGGGCAAAACAACAAGGGAUUAUUCGGAAAAACUGCUGGAUUAAUCGGUUUAGGCCGCGAUCCACUCUCCAUUGUUCAACAAACAGCUCAGAAAUUCGGAAAAUACUUCUCUUACUGCCUUCCCACAUCCCGGGGGUCAAAUGGUCAUUUAACAUUCGGCAACGGUAACGGGGUAAAAGCUUCAAAAGCAGUAAAAAACGGCAUCACGUUCACGCCGUUUGCUUCGUCACAAGGGACGGCAUAUUACUUCAUUGACGUACUCGGUAUUUCCGUCGGUGGAAAAGCUUUAUCGAUAAGUCCGAUGUUGUUCCAGAACGCCGGAACGAUUAUAGAUUCCGGUACGGUGAUUACACGGUUGCCGUCGACGGCGUACGGCAGUCUGAAGUCAGCUUUCAAGCAGUUCAUGUCGAAAUAUCCCACGGCGCCGGCUCUUUCUUUGCUGGACACUUGCUAUGAUUUAAGCAAUUAUACUUCCAUUAGUAUUCCGAAGAUCAGCUUCAACUUCAACGGCAAUGCGAAUGUGGAAUUGGACCCGAAUGGUAUUCUUAUAACAAACGGUGCAUCUCAGGUUUGUUUGGCUUUUGCUGGAAAUGGAGAUGAUGAUAGUAUUGGGAUUUUUGGGAAUAUACAACAACAGACAUUGGAGGUAGUAUAUGAUGUUGCUGGUGGGCAAUUAGGGUUUGGUUAUAAGGGAUGUUCUUAAAGAACUUUGGUAAAGUUAAAUUAAAUUGUAAUACUGCAAAAGUAUUGGGAAAUGUAUAUCCAUACAUUUACUAUAGUUUAUGAGAACAAAUAAUCUCAGCUACAAUGUGGAGUAGCAUUUGUUUUCCUUUUCCUUUCUGA